AUGGCGUCUCCUCAACUGAGGCGCUCCGCGCGCAUUUCAGCCAGGCGCGAGGCCAUUUCACUCGGGACCAUCUUGGCCUCGCCAGAAUCCCCCCAACCUCCACUUCAGGAACCAGCAACACCAAUAGCUCAAGAUAUUCCGGAAGCAGAUUCUUCGUCUAGCGACCAGUUUCACGCACCAGGUUCGGACGCCUCGUAUCACCGAAAUCUUUGGAGAAAAGCUUUCAAAAUAAGCCUCAUAUGCUUCCAAGUUGCGAUGCUUGCGCGGAUUGUCCUGUUCGUGGGUCAGCGGCUCCCACGAGGUGCAUAUCACGAAAUUUCUUUAAUUAACGAUCUCAUCAACGCCGCUAUCACACAGUCGGUCCUGUCCCAUAUCUUGACUUACCAUGAUCUUCAACCUCUCCUUGCAGCGCAAAAGUCUUUCCAACUCCCUAUCCACGACUCGGUAUUGGAAUAUGCUCGAUAUCAACAACGCUCAUCAUUGCUCCCUACUGGCAGCCCAUGGCUCUUCUCACCCGUUCCAAGGCGAUACCUGAUCAACACCACCGAGCAUGAUUAUGCGGAGAAUAUAUUCGAUAUGGUACCAUGGGUCAGUUUCCAUGAAGACUUGGCGAAGGUGCUUGAAACCACGGCCGACGAUCUGGCCUGGUUCGCGAAGGACGCAUCCACUUCGGAUCUCUUCAAAGAGGCUGUCAAUUCUGAGAGGCGGGCUACCAACAGCAAAAGUACAGACAGGAUAAGCGAUUUCCAGUUUUGCGAGCCUGGCACUGAUGGUAGCCUGAAGAUGGACGAGGCAUUUCCAUGGUCCUCUGUCAGCCAGUCUGUACCCUGCGAAACCCAGGAUAUACGGUUUAAUUCGCUUCUCUACGACCUGAACCAAACAGUUAGGACAGCAGUGGAUUAUUGGCUGCGGUCAAAAAAUAGCCCAUUGUAUUGGGGGGCAUGGCAUCUUGGUGCUCGAGAUUAUCUCUCUGGGAAGAACUCGGGUUAUGGCUAG